CAACCCGGCAGUCCCGACUGUACUUUUUCUUGGCUGGGAAGUUGAUGCUGGAGGAGGAAAGGGGGUUAAGCGAGAGUGUCGCCUGGUUUGGUGUUUUGUUUUGUUUUGUUUUUUUCAACCAGCUCUCCCCCCUCCCCGCCCCAUAUACUCUAAUAUCUAUAGAGCCGCUUAACUAGAGAUCUGCUCCUUAUUUUUUUAUUGCUUGUUCGCUCGCUCGCUCGUUUGCUUUCCCCUUCAUUGAACCGUGGUGCUCGUAGGAUGUCCAAGAAUGUCAAUUUCUGGAACUCUUAGCAAUUACUAUGUCGACUCCAUUAUAAGCCAUGACAACGAAGACUCUCCCGCCGCCAAAUUCUCUUCCGGGCAGUACUCAAACUCCAGGCAAACUACCCACACUGAACACCUCGAGUUCCCCUCCUGUAGUUUCCAGCCCAAAUCCUCCGUUUUCAGCGCUUCCUGGACGCCUCUGCCGCCACACACUGCUGCUACCCUUCCUUCGGUCUACCAUCCCUACAUCCAGCAUCAAAACAUCCCUACCUCAGAGAGCAGGUAUCUACGAAGCUGGCUGGACCCAGUGCCCAGAACAGAAAACAUAGCAGCCGGGCAGGGACCAGUUAAAACAGAACCGCUGCUGGGACACCCCGGGGAGAUCCGUAAACAGGGGACACAGGAGUACCAUUUAGACACUUCUGCUGGAAGGGAAGGGAUCGCUUCCAGUCAAAGGCCCAGCUUCGAGGACAAUAAAGUUUGUGAAGGAAGCGAGGACAAAAGCAGGCCAGAUCAAAGUAACCCGGCAGCCAACUGGUUGCACGCUCGCUCCUCCAGGAAGAAAAGAUGCCCCUAUACAAAGUACCAGACCCUAGAACUGGAGAAGGAAUUUCUGUUCAACAUGUACCUCACCAGGGACCGUAGACAUGAAGUGGCCAGGCUUCUCAACCUGAGUGAAAGACAAGUAAAAAUCUGGUUUCAGAAUCGCAGGAUGAAAAUGAAGAAGAUGAAUAAGGAACAGGGCAAAGAGUGAAGCUUUCUUCUCCUUCUCCCUUUCUCUGUUCUGCCCCGAUUUUCACCCCUCUCAAAACUUAGAUGGUUUUUGAUGGGCAAUGACUUCCUUCUCAGCUGUGCUUGAGAUGAGGACAAAAGCAAGCCAAGCCAGAAAGAGGCCUCCUGGUUGGCAUGCAAGGGAUUCAGAAUGACUGCACCUGCUUGUUUCCAUUUGACAUCCUUCCCACUUCUUAAAUAAUAUUUACUGAUCACUCCAGCAUGGGACAUUAUGGGGGGAUGUUAUGUAUUGAAAGGUAAUUGUUGACAGGCAAUAGUCUUUAAGCAUAGCUACUUCCUUUUGUUUGUUAGGCCUUCCUUAACCUGAAGCCUUCCAAAUAAUGUGGACUUCAAGUCCCCCCAUCCCCAGAUUUUAUGGGAAUGAGGAGAGUUGUAAUGCAAGGCAUUUGAAGGGCAAUCGUUGGAGGAUUGCUUUGAAUGAUACUGAU